CCGUCUACUCUCCCCUCUCUUCCUCUUGACCCUCUAGACAUUUGAUAUCUCAUUAGUAUUUGGUGAAAAUGGUACGCAGAUACGAUAGUCGAACCACAAUCUUCUCCCCGGAAGGCCGGUUAUAUCAGAUUGAGUAUGCCAUGGAGGCCAUCUCGCAUGCUGGUACCGUCCUUGGUGUCCUGGCCAAGGACGGCGUAGUACUUGCCGCCGAGAAGAAAGUCACCGGAAAGUUGUUGGAUCAAUCAGCAGAAAAGGAUGGUGGGUACGGAGGAAGUGGAGAGAAGAUCUUCCUGCUAAACUCAAAUGUCCUGGGUGGCGUCGCUGGUUUGACCGCCGAUGCCAACUCGCUGAUCAACUACGCCCGACAAGCCUCUCAACGCCACCUCUUCUCCUACAACGAACCCAUCCCCGUCGAACUCCUCGCUCAGCGCCUGUGCGAUCUCAAACAAGGAUACACCCAAUAUGGUGGUCUCCGUCCCUUCGGCGUCUCUAUUCUCUACGCCGGCUGGGACCCUCAUUACCAGUUCCAGCUGUACCACUCCGAUCCGAGCGGGAACUACAGCGGAUGGAAGGCGACGUGUGUGGGCGCGAAUAACGGGACCGCGCAGAGUUUGUUGAAGCAGGAGUAUAAGGACGAUAUCACGGUGGAGGAGGCAGUUGGGCUUGUUAUGCGGACGAUGAGCAAGACGAUGGAUAGUACGACGUUGGGGAGCGAGAAACUCGAGUUUGCGACGUUGACCCUCGACCCAACGACUGGCCAGCCAAAGGCCAAGAUCUACAAGCCAGCGGAAGUGGACGCUCUACUUCAGAAACACGAUUUGGGGAAGAAAGACGAGGACUCAGAGAUGAGGGGAUGAGGGCUGCUUGAUCUGUCUUGUAAUCCGACCGAUGCUUUCGAAGCUUUUCUUUCUGUACGUUCUGGUAUCCAUGGACUGAAUUGUACAAGUGUGAGCGGCACUGUACCGCACCUGCAGAGCACGAGCGGCGGCGUCGGAUAUAUUCCGAGAAAGAUAGUAAAACAAACAACACGAAUGCAGACUAAGGACUAUAGUACAGGAAUCAAAUCCACCUAACACCCAAUCCGACGGAGUCCGUCCUGCGAUUUCGAACUCGUAGGCCGGAGCUCUUGCACGACCGAAGACGAGCGUUGGACAUCGUACUCUGCCACAAUGUAUACUGCCCGUGUCAGGAAAUGUGUAUUAUGGGCAAUCAGUGACACGCCAUGCCCUUGCCAGCGCCGGCGCCAGCCAGUACACCGUCGACGUCCAUGUAAGCACCGAAUACGAAGUGGCCAAUACUCGCUCCGAGGACAACAGCCAAGAUGAGGUAGGCGUUGUAGGUCAUGAAGACCAGCAUCAAGAAGAAGGACACGAAUACAGAGGCGCCGUAUAGCACCGCGCGCAAGAACCUCGGGAAAAGAGGGACAGGAGUUCCAGCCUUCGCCUUUCUCUUGCCUGACAACAGCCCUGCCUCCUCGACUUCACCUGCAUUCAAUACCUCUGGACUGCUACGCCCGCUUGAGAAUGUCCUAUCCUUCCCCUUCGAAGACUUAGCAAGACCUAAAGCGAUACGCUGAUCUACAGCACGAGAAUAGGCGCGCAGCCAUUCGUAGGCGAGAGAGAUGGCGAUGACGGCUAGGAAGGACAGGAAGAAUGUGAACUUUGAGGAGAUGUGCCAGCCACGGAAGACGACGCAGGUGUCCUCAAUCUGGGUAUUCCAGAGCAUAUUCAUGGUACAUUUAGGGGACAUGUCCAUUCCACCGUGGUCCAUGCCUCCAUGAUCCAUACCUCCAUGGCCGCUGUGGUCGCCGUGAUCCAUGAGUGAUAGUGCGCUGUGUUCGGUGUUGUUAGAGGUGGUUGUUG